AAAGAUCAUCAAAAAAUAUUUCUCAACCAGGUUUUAACUGAUGAAAUUUGAGUCUACAUAUACUACUUUUUUUGUUGGGAAAAAGAAAAAAUGACAACAAGGCAGCAGGAAAGAGCUGAGCUGGACAGGAAGGCAAGGGAAGGAGAGACGGUAGUUCCUGGUGGGACAGGUGGCAAAAGUCUUGAAGCUCAGGAACACCUUGCUGAGGGGAGGAGGCGAGGCGGGCAGACGAGGAAGGAGCAGAUAGGAGAAGAAGGGUAUCAAGAGAUGGGACGCAAAGGCGGGUUCAGCUCAAGCGGCGCUUCAGGUGGAGAGCGUGCCCAAGAGGAGGGUGUUCCAAUUGACGAGUCUAAGUACAAAACCAAAACUUGAUGAACGAGCUGUUGAUACUAGUACUAAAUAUACUUUAAUUUAGUGCUAGGUCUUUGGUUUUAACCUAUAUGUCUAGAAAAACAAAGCAGGAUGUUGAAUAUGUUAGUCUCUCUGUUUCGCGUGUAGUGUAUUAUUAUAGCUUCUAAUUCGGUUUGUUAUGUUUAUG